AUGCUGCGUCGUGGGUGGGUUGCUCCUGUUGUGGGGCAACGCUUUUCUCCGUUGCGGCUGCAGAAUCGCCGGUUUGGGGAUAAAAUUGUGGUGGGGUCUUGCGCCGCACUUUCCACAAGUGUGACUAUUCUUGGCAUCUUUCACCUUAUCGUGACGCCCGUGAGCCCGGCGAUUGCCGCUGCGACUCUUUCAGCGGCAGCGGUGAGCGGGGCACUUGUUGUCUUUGAGGGCGGAAAGAACGAGGGUGGCACGACCUUUGGUGCCGUCAUUGGCGUAUUCUUCGGUGCGAUGGGAGGCUACUACGCCAAGUCCUCCAAGGAACCGUGGCGGAAGUGA